GUCCUCACUCGCUGAUGGAGUUGUGGAGCUGCUCACAUGGCGCCAGGCACCUCCCGGACAGUCUCCCGUCAUCUCUGCUGGCGUUUAGCUACACCAACCAGGGGGGAUCGUUUAAGGAAGACGGUCGCUUCCAGCUGAUGUGGAGUUGCUUGGCUAGCUCAGACGGCGAACCAAGUUGUGAGCAGCCCCUAAAAACUUGAAUGCAUUUAUUUUGAAUCAUUCUUGAGUCGUUUAGAAGAAGACAUUUUGCAGAGUUUUUAAGCAGCGAUUUUAAAAACUGGCCUGUGUGACUCUACAAGGUAUUCUUUGGAACUACUUACAUUUAAAGGGUAGCCAGUCAGAUGUGUACCGAGCCUUCAGGUCCCCUGUUUUGGCUGGGGGGAUGGCAGCGUCUGCUUUAAACCUGAACAGUUUUGAAAUGAUUAAAAGCGGUAAUCAGUUUCACAACCAGCAAGGUUCCAUUGGACCCAGCUCCCGAGAUAGCUCCAAGCUCCCGGCUGGCAGGCCGGUGCUGCAGGUUCCUGAUCGGGGGACCUACUGUCAGCUUUUGGGUGGAGGUCACUACAGCUCAACCAGCCCUAAAGUACAUAUGAGUGACACUCUCACCACUGCCCCUCGUACUCGCUCCCCUUCGCCGCCGUGCCCGAGCCUCCUCGGGGUCAAUGUGGGCCAGCGCGUCCGUCGGCUGAGCUCGCCCGGCUGCGAGGAGAGAGCUGAGCAGGAAGAGUUGGGAGCAUUGGGAGGAUGUGGAGUAAAGCAAGAGGAGAAGAGACGCCAAGAUCAACUGUUGCAGAUUCACAGAGAGCUGCAGAACGUGGAGGUCAAAGGAAAAGUGGGCAUUUUCGAAGCCCACAUUUCUGGGAUGCGUGCCCACGUGCUUAACAGCGAGCUCCAACGCAGCCCUCGCUCUGCGAGACGAGGGAUGACGGGCCAAAUCCCACCCCACCCCAGCCAUUGUAACGCAGACCACCAAUGCUCAAUGACCCGCGCCCACCACAGUCAAGUUCCUCCUGUUUUACAAAACGGGAGAGAAGGGGAGGAUGAAGAAGGAGAGAGAAGAAGAGAAGAAAGUAGUGUCCUUAAAAUAAACUACUGCGAGGCAAAUACAUUGUGUGGUCGGAAUGGUGGCCUUUCAGAAACAAUACAAACUUUAGAUGGACCACUUCUUGUGCACAGUCCCCCGGAGACUUCGGAGCAGCCGGAAGCUAAAGAUGGAGAGAUAGAAGAGGACAGUGGGGAAAAGGAAAAUAAACAAACAGCAGGAGAUGACGGAGAUACAAGGAAGAGAGAAAUGAGAGCAAGACACCACUCGGAUCCUAAGGUGUUGCUCCAGAUAGAGGCCGACAUGCUGGAAGCUAACCACGAAACCUCUGCUUCAUCUGGCCCUCAAAGAAGCAAGAGUCCCCCUCUUCUGCUGCAUCAUCCCUCUCCCUCAAUACCCGCCGUCAUUGUCACAGACCACGGUCUAGAAGGCCUUCUUCAAACAGCGGAUCAUGGAGGCACCCCGACCCCUAAUCCUGGCCCCGCGUCCAUAUCGAACACCUCAGCACGCUCCCUCAGGAAGCUGUCUUCCUCAUCAGCCUCCUCCGCCGGGUUCUCCUCGUCUUGGGAAGAGUCAGAGGAGGAUAUUUCCAGUGAUACGGAGAAAGGGGAACAACUUCUCAACCCUGCGCAACUCAGCUGUCAACAGAAAGCACACAAGUCAUGGAAAAAGAUCAAGAACAUGGUUCACUGGUCUCCGUUUGUUAUGUCCUUCAAAAAGAAAUAUCCCUGGAUACAACUGGCAGGACAUGCAGGGAGCUUCAAGGCUGGAGCAAAUGGACGCAUAUUAAAAAAACACUGUGAAUGCGAGCAGCGCUGUCUGUCCAUGCUGAUGAAGGACGUGCUUUGCCCCUAUGUCCCCGGUUACCAUGGAGACAUCGAGAAGGACGGACAGAAGUACAACCAGAUGGAGGACCUGCUAGCUGAGUUUGAUUACCCAUGCGUGAUGGACUGCAAGAUGGGAGUUAGGACGUAUCUGGAGGAAGAGUUGACCAAGGCCCGUAAGAAGCCCACCCCGAGACCAGACAUGUACCAGAAGAUGAUCGAGGUGGACCCUGAGGCGCCGACGUCCGAGGAAAAGGAGCAGAAGGUGGUCACCAAGCCCAGAUACAUGCAGUGGAGGGAGACCAUCAGCUCCACCGCGACGCUGGGCUUCAGGAUAGAAGGAGUCAAGAAAGAGGACGGGACUGUGAACAGAGACUUUAAGAGGACAAAAACACGCGAGCAAGUGAUGGCGGCGUUCCGUGACUUUGUCAAAGGCAACAACGACAUACUAAAUUGUUACAUAGCCAGGCUAAAGGAAAUCAGGGCCAUUCUGGAGAUGUCACCGUUCUUCAAAACUCAUGAGGUUAUUGGCAGCUCCUUGUUGUUCGUUCACGACAGCAAAGGGAGAGCCAAAGUGUGGAUGAUUGACUUUGGGAAGACCACUGCUCUACCAGAGGGAGAGGAGCUAAAUCACCAUACAUCCUGGCAAGAAGGAAACAGGGAGGACGGUUACCUUUUUGGAUUGGAUAAUUUGGUGGACAUCAUUUCUUGUGUGUCGAACACUGAAACUUGAGUUUUAUUUUUAUGUAAACCAAGCAGAAAGGUUCAGACACACACAUUAUUGCCUUAAACGUUUGGGAAGGACAUUGCACGUUUGCAGAAAAACACUCAAGCUUUCUAAUGUCUGUCUUAUGGAACAGAGCAAGAAAUUCAGUCAAUUUACAACAAAUUCACAUUUUUAAUGCACAUUACAAGUUACACUUUAGUGACCCCUGGUGGAAGUCUGAGGAAAGACAUACUUAUUGUUUCGGAAUUUGAAAGAAACCACAUACAACUUAUGCAAACUGGUACAUUGCCAUAUAACAUCCAUCCAUCCAUUUUCUACCGCUUAUUCCCUUCGGGGUCGCGGGGGGCGCUGGAGCCUAUCUCAGCUACAAUCGGGCGGAAGGCGGGGUACACCCUGGACAAGUCGCCACCUCAUCACAGGGCCAACACAGAUAGACAGACAACAUUCACACUUACAUUCAGACACUAGGGCCAAUUUUUAGUGUUGCCAAUCAACCUAUCCCCAGGUGCAUGUCUUUGGAAGUGGGAGGAAGCCGGAGUACCCGGAGGGAACCCACGCAGUCACAGGGAGGACAUGCAAACUUCACACAGAAAGAUCCUGAGCCCGGGAUUGAACAUAACAAUUAAUAACCUCCAAUGUUCAAAACUAACCAUUCAGGCCUGAAAAAAAUAUGAUUUAAAACAUUUCCAGCUAUUUCUAAGUAUAUGUAAGUAAGAUUUGUAAAACAAAAAUAUCUUCAUUUCAGAAACUUGCCUGCACUUCAGAUGAGUUAAGUAUGUUUUACUUUCUAACUUUAGUUGAGCGAAAUUUUAAAAUGACAGCUAAAUUUAUACAGGCUCUUACCUGUUGUGUUACUUUGCUCCUGGGAUUUGUUCAAACGCUGUACAGUAAGUAGAUGAUUGUUUUUAUUGUGUAUUUUUUCAGUUGAACAUGAUUUUAGUGCACUCCAAGUCCUGCUGAACACUUACUUUAUUUAAAAUGUCUUACCCUCAUUUGUAAAUUAUGGCUUGGAGUGUUUUAUUUUAGGUCUUAAAUGAGUGCGUGUUUAUUCGGAUCUUAAAGGUUGUUUAUGAAUUUGUGCCUCACUAUUUAUGACAUAUUUGGUUUGAGCUGAAAGUGAAGUGUGUGCGACCACCUUAUCUCAUUUGGAAUCUGAUGAUAUGACAGAAGACAAGACCAUGCUCACACUUAUUUGGUGAAUUGAUGGAUGCCACAAAUGUGUCUUUUUUUCAAGUGGUAUUGUGCAAUCUGUGCCUUACUGUGCAGUCUUCCUGUUCAAUAGCUAAGAGUAUCAUGUAGCAGCUGGAGAGACACUUGUUUUUGUUGGACAAAAAAUAUUGUUUUUAUUUUGAAGGGUCAAUCCCAGCAAAAGUGCUCAUGUUUUCAGUUUGUUGUGCCACACAUAGUACAUUGUGUUAAGUACAUGUUUGCAGUGGCUUAGAUGUUCACGUGGCCCAUGCAGUGCCUUCUUUCAAAGUUUCAGUUUUGUUUUUACACACUAAAAACAUUGUAACCCGACAUGUGCAGGUAGUUGACUAGCUUUGCUUUUGAGUUAUUUAACCAAUUCCAGUCGUAAACAAACCAAGUGGAUUCUGUUACAUUACAGUUACUACUAUUUAAGCUACAAUGGAGAAAACACGUCUUUAAAUAUUGCUGUGGUACCAAAUCGUUGACAUAUGUCCCCGAAUGUGCACUUAAACAUUUUAUUAGCAUGUAUUAUAUUUGCUGGUUUGAAUAUUUAUUAUUAUUUGGAUUGUUUCUUAAAAGAAUGGUGAAAACA